AAUCAUUAUUUUAGAGCCGUCCAACAGUAAACUACACAGUUUUACCAAACACAUUUCUAAAGUUUAUACAAUUCCAUACAAUACUUUUCACUCACUAAAAGUAAUUCGGAAUUUACAAAGCGUGUAUUGCGGUACACCAAUUUCAUUGUAGCACAAUAAACCUAAUAUACCCAGCCGAUAUACAAACAUCAGCUCUAGAACAACAUCGCGCCGAAAUGUCGAGACUCGUGCGGGCCCGCAACGUGACCGUCACCCACAACUCCUUGGUCCAGUGGUCGCGUCAGGACAUCUUGGAGUGGUGCAACGAUAUGCUCCAGUGCAGGAUCAGUAAGGUCGAGCACCUGUGCACCGGGGCUGCCUACUGCCACCUGAUGGACAUGCUCUUUCCCGGCCUGGUCAACCUGAGUCGCGUCAAGUUCCUCUCGAAUCAGGAAUACGAAUACAUUGCCAACUUCAAGGAACUCCAGAUUUGCUUCAAUCGGGCCAAGGUCAAUGCGCCCAUCCCGGUGGCCCAACUGAUCAAGGGUCGCUUCCAGGAUAACUUUGAAUUCGCCGUCUGGUUCCGCCACUUCUUCACGGCCAAUUACAAUGAGGCCGACUGCUGCGACUACGAUCCAUUGGCUGCCCGUGGCCAACAGGAUAUAGGAGUGGGUGCCUCGCGAUCCAAUACGCCACAAAGUGCCAGACCCUUUGCUCAUCGACGGAAGCCUUUAGUGGCCACGCCCAGGAUCGCUAAGGGGGUGACUGCAGCUCGAGAGGAUGUCGAGGAUGUCGAGGAUGUCGAGGAUGUCGAGGAUGGCAUGAUGUCUGCACGAAAGCCUCCUAUCCAGAACCGUUUGGAGACUCCCCGAAAGCCUCCUGUCCGGGAUCGUUUGGAAACUCCACGUAGGCCGGCACUCGGAAAGCAGCAAAAGCCGGAGGUCGGGAGGCAGCCGAAGGGCAAGAAUGGACCCCUUUCGCCAAAGCUGGGCAAGACCCAGCCUCGAGUCCACGAGGAUAAAGCUUCACUCUUCUUUCUGAACAAUGACAUGGAAGUGGAGGAAUUUCUUUCUCCCAUGGAGAUUGUACACACUUCAGACGAUGAACCGAACGCAGUGCAGGAAAAAGUCAAGAUAUGUCAAAAAAAGCUAUUAAUCAAGGGCAACCGUAAACUGAAUCCUGUUCCGCCGUCGGUAAGUGAGGAGCCAUUGGAGCUUAUGGAGCCAGUGAAGAACAAAAAGACGGUGGUUCACAAGAAGCCUGUAGUUAACAAGAAGCCGGUGGUUAACCAGAAGCCGGAUGUUGAACAGAAGGCAGUGGUUAACCGGAAGCCCGUCCCUAACCAGAAAGCUGUGGCUAAACCAAAACCAGGAGCUAAGCAGAAGCCUUGGGAGAAGAAAAAACCAGUGGUGAUCGAAGAAUCGGACGAGUUCGAAGAAUCGGACGAGUUCGAAGAAUCGGACGAGUUCGAAGAAUCGGAGGAACCAGAGAUCGAGAUUAAAGAAAAACCUUGGCAGAAAAAGAAACCACACGUGAACAAAAAACCAGUGGAGGUCGACGAACCUUUGGAGAUCAAAGUUGGUAAUAAAAAAGAAGUGGUUCGUCAAAAACCAGGAGCUAAGCAGAAGCCUUGGGAGAAGAAAAAACCAGUGGUGAUCGAAGAAUCGGACGAGUUCGAAGAAUCGGAGGAACCAGAGAUCGAGAUUAAAGAAAAACCCUGGCAGAAAAAGAAACCACAAGUGGUUCGUCAAAAACCAGGAGCUAAGCAGAAGCCUUGGGAGAAGAAAAAACCAGUGGUGAUCGAAGAACCAGAGGAGAUCGAAGAAUCGGACGAGUUCGAAGAACCGGAGGAACCAGAGAUCGAGAUUAAAGAAAAACCCUGGCAGAAAAAAAAAUCACACGUGAACAAAAAACCAGUGAAGGUCGAAGAACCUUUGCAGAUCAAAGUUGUUCAGAAAAAACAAGUGGUUCGUCAAAAAGCAGGAGCUAAGCAGAAGCCUUGGGAGAAGAAAAAGCCAGUGAUAAUCGAAGAACCACAGGAGAUCGUAGAAUCAGACGAGUUCGAAGAACCGGAGGAACCAGAGAUCGAAGAACCAUUGAAGAAGCCCUGGCAGAAAACGAAACCACGUGUGAUCAAAAAACCAUUGGAGAUCGAAGAACCAUCUGAUAUCGAAGAACCAUCGGAUAUCGAAGAACCAUCGGAUAUCCAAGAGCCAUCUGAUAUCCAAGAGCCAUCUGAUAUCCAAGAACCAUCUGAUAUCGAAGGACCAUCUGAUGUCGAAGGACCAUCUGAUGUCGAAGGCCCAUCUGAUGUCGAAGGACGAUCGGAUGUCGAAGAACCAUGGGAGAUCAAACAACUAAUGGAGAUCAAACAACAAUUGAAGAUCAAACAACCAGUGGAGAUCAAACAACCAAUUGAGAUCAAACAACCAAUUGAGACCAAACAACCAAUUGAGAUCAUGCAACCAAUGAAAUCCCUGGAAUACUUCAAGAAGCCAUUGGUGAGCGUCAAGGAUGAAGUCCGCCGUAUAGAGGAGAAUUUUGGAAAGGGGGCGGAGGGAUUUGAAAGCGUAAGGGACCGAGUCAAGCGGUUCGAAGAAGCCAAGCAAACGGCAUUGGAGUCGCCCAGAACAAAGUUCAUCAGGCAGAGAGUCGAAGAGCUGAAGCUGGAAUAUGAUGGGUUGAGUGCUAAACUGGGUGAUAUAGGUAGACUUUCCGAAUCGUCCAUAGAUGACAAUACCCAGUUCAACGAUAACAAGGACAAUAUUUCUAACAUAGAAAAUCAGAUAGACAUAGACAGUACCCAGUGUAUGGAUAACAACUACAAAACUAAUAAGGACAAGGGUAAUGAAACGACAGUUGAGGAGGAAUCCAAACUACCCAAGACGAUCCGGAAGACCUUAGAAAUCGAGGGUGAACAUGAACUCAUUGAGAUCUACAGGUCCCCGAUUUUCAGAGACGAUGCCAGCGAGAUGGAAGUCGCACAGGAGGCAAAGGAGGACGAGGAACUCUCACUGGUCGGAUGGAACCCUCAUUCAAACAACAGUUCCCCAUAUGAACCUGCGAGCCGGACGAGUCUGGCCAGUCCGAUGGUAGUAGAUGGUCUUUCUGCAGAUAUGGCCAAUGUGCUAGCUCAGGACAAUCUCACCAGUGAGCAGAUCAUGGCCGAAGUGCGGCUUCAUUGUGGCAUUCGUUUAUUGAUUAGAAAACCCGAUCUCGUUAGGGUAGCCGAUGUAGCCGUAGCCACCAGUAGACAGGACGUUGCCUGCUGCACCUCGGCGGACGACCGUUCCUAAUAAUUGCCAAAGAAUUCUAUCUUCCGGUCGCCCUUCGUUAGGAGCCCUUCUCAAAGCACAGCUAAAUUACCAGUAUCUCUUUUUUAUGUUUAAAAUCUUGUCCUUGUUACAUAAGCAGCUAAAUUAGGUUUUGUAAUAUCUAUAAUAUAAAAUUAAGCCUUUUGGAAUCUAAGUUUUUAAA